AUGGAUAUUUGAGCGUGCCUGUGCUGGAGGAGCACAGGAAACCUGCUUUCAUCAUGUUGCAUACCCGACUCGCUCGGAGCGGCCUCGCUUUCAUCGCAACAUUAUCUGGUACUACACAGAAUGUAGCAUCAGGCAUUAGGAGGCCUGGCGAGGUCGGCUUUGUAAACGCGCUCAAUCGUGCGCUUAGCGGCAGCGCCUCUGCGGACAAUACAUAUGACGUCGCCAUUGUGGGAGGUGGCAUGGUCGGUGCUGCAGUGGCGGCUCUGCUGGGCUCCAACCGGUUAACGCAGCAGCUGCGAGUGGCGGUGCUGGAUGUGCGGCCACAGUCCUUUACCUUCACGCCGCGGCCGUACCCGGACCUGCGCGUGAGCACCAUCACGCCCGGCAGCAUCUCUGUGCUGCAGCGCGCCGGCGCCUGGGAGCAGGUGGCGGCACACAGCGCCCCGUUCAGCAGCAUGCAGGUAUGGGAUGCUUCCUCGCCAGGGCACAUCUGCUGGGACGCCCGCGACACGGGCGCUGAGCGCAUGGGCGUGGUGUCGGAGAACAUCCUGCUGCAGGCGGCGCUGCUGGCGGCGGCGGAGCGGGCCGGAGGCCGCACAGAGUUCAUCUGGCCAGCGGAGGUCAAGGCGCUGAGGCUGCCCUCGGAUGGGCCGGGGCCGGGGCCGGCGGCUUCGGCGUCGGCAUCGGGGCCGGCAGCAACGUCAACCGCAUCGCAGGGCUCGGCGCCGCACCACGGUCUGGCAGAGCUUCACCUGGCUGACGGGCGGGUGUUGGCAGCGCGGCUGGUGGUGGCGGCGGACGGCGCGGGCAGCCGCAUCCGGGGUAUGGCGGGCCUACGCACCUGGGGCUGGGGCUACGGCCAGCGCGGCCUGGUGGCCACCGUCACCACGUCAGAGCCGUCCGACACGGCCUGGCAGCGCUUCCUGCCCACCGGCCCGCUGGCGCUGCUGCCGGCACGUGACGGCUUCAGCAACAUCGUGUGGAGCACCACGCCUGAGGCAGCGGCGGCGCUGGAGGCAAAGAACCCUCGCGACUUCGCCGCGGCCGUCAACCAGGUGUUACGCGCGCCGCCCACGGGGGCACCGCUGCCGGGGGCAUCGCUCCUCGGCCCACUAGCAAGUGCAGUGGGUGCGGGCCUGGGGGCGGUGGUGGGCCGCGGCGGCGGCGGCAGCAGUGGCGGCGGCGCCAUGCGGGAUCCGCCGCUGGUGCUGGAGUGGGUGGGCACCUCGCCCAAGUCGUUCCCGCUGCAGCUCAAGCAGGCUGGGCGGUACGUCCUACCGCGCCUGGCGCUGGUGGGUGACGCCGCGCACGCCGUGCACCCCAUGGCCGGCCAGGGCGUCAACCUGGGCUUUGGCGAUGCAGCCGUGCUGGCGGAGGCGCUGGCGGGCGCGGUGGAGGCGGGCGGCGACCUGGGCGAUGGGCGGCUGCUGGCCCAGGCGUAUGAGGGGCCGCGGCGGCGGGCGGUGAUGACCAUGGUGACGGCGCUGGACGGAAUCAAGAAGGCCUUCCAGCUGCAGGCGCCCCCUCUGGCGGCGCUGCGCGGUGUGGGUUUGGAGCUGAUCAACUCGGUGGGGCCGCUGCGGAAUGGAAUCAUGCAGUACGCCAUGCUGGGGGAGGCUUGAGGCACCAGGGCGUUUGUAGAGCCGCU